AUGAUUAAAUUUAUUAUCCUUGUCAUUUGCCUUAUCUCAACAUUUACUGGAUUAUCGACAUCGACUAAUAUUGAAUGUAGCUUUCUACUUAAAAGCUACUCUGUUGUAGGUUUCAUAUAUCAAUGCUUAGUCAAGAACAAUCCAAACAUUUUAACAGAAGAAUCAGCAGAAAUCAGCAGAAUUAGUGGAACACAUGAACUUACAAAAAGUAAUGACGAUGUGCUUGGCUUUCAUAUAAACAGCAAAACAAUCCAGGUCUUCCCAAAAGGUUUAGAAGAAAUAUUUAAAAAUCUUAAGUUAAUUUGGAUUCAAUCGUGUCAAUUGAAAGAAAUUCAUCAGUCAGAUUUGAUAGUUUUUCCUAAUUUAGUUUACUUUAAUCUGCUUAACAAUGAUAUUGAGGUGAUUGAGGAAGGAAUUUUCGACUUUAAUCCUAAUUUGAUACUUUUAGGAAUUCAAGAAAGUAAAAUCAUUCACAUUGAUCCGAAUGUCUUUGAUCAUUUAACUAAUUUGAAACAUUUUUGGCUUUCUUAUGUUCCUUGCAUUGCUCAGAGUAUUAACGACUCAAAAGAUAAAGUCCAAGAAGCCAUAAAAGUUAUCAAAUCCAAAUGCUCACAUUCCAAAUUUUUAUCCAUCGACAGUCAACUUAAAAAUCUUGAAGUUGAGUCAAAAACCUUAAAUUUAGAAGCCAUAACCUUAAAGAUUCAAGUUUUUGAGACAAGUUUCAAAAGAUCUAAAUUUUCGAAAUUUCGCCCAUUAAAUUAUAAAUUUGAACAUUUAAAGCAAUCAAAAAGUUGCUCAAAUUGCCGUCAAUUGGAAAAUAUUGGAACUUUAGACUCGAAAGUUGAAGAAAUGUCUAAAAAUGUAGACGAAUUAAAAAAGAUCAUUUUUAACUUUAAAGACUUCAAAGCUUCUCAAUGUAGUCUUACAGCUCCUAUAAAUGAGGUCAAAAGUUUAAUCCAAAAUGCCUUAAGUGGCAUCAGGACCUCAAUAAAUAGCCAAGAAUCUGAAUGCACCAAAUUUCAAAAUAUUUUGACUGAUUCCGCUUCAAAUGUUAUCAAUAAGAUUACUCAGGUUGAGGCUAAGGUCAGUGACUUUAAAUCUGAUCAAGUAAGUUCCACUAAUGCACUAAAUACCAAGUUUGACAAGAUACAAAAGGAUCAUGGAGCUGUGCUUAGUGACAUCAAAGUGUUGCAAAAUGACGCGGUUGGUAAGCUAAGUAGCUCACUUGCUGACACAUUUGCUGCUAUAAGGGACCUCAAACUGACCCAACAUAUCCUCAAAACCUCUCAAGAUGCAUCCUUUAGCGACAUAACCUUAAAGUACAAUGAACUCAAAAGUGCCAUAAAAUCAACUCGAGACGAAGCAAAACUGUCUGUAAGUGACAUUUUAGCUACACUCAGUGACCAUACGAAGUUACAAACUGAGGCUAAAGACUCAUUUGUUAAAAUCCGGAUUGUCCAAAAUGAGAUUAAGAAGUCCUUGAAUGACUUGAAUGUGAACAGAAAUGACAAUUUAGACGACAAGUUCUCGGCAAUAAGUGACAAGGUUGAAAGCUUUGGGGAUCAAUUUAAGGACCUUGAGGGUAAAAUGGAUGAAAAGCUUGAGAAAAACAAUAAGGAACUGACCACCAAAUUUCAUAAAAUGUCAAUUAAUUUUGAUGAGAAAGUCAAAAGCAUUGAAAAGCGAUUGAUGAAAAAAUUUGAGGAUAUUUUAGAGGAAAAACUGGAAAAGUUUUUCAACAAAAAUUAAAAUUUGGUGAAAUUUCAUUUUUUUUAUUCUAAAUUUUCAAUACUUUGAAGUCAAAUUGUAUAUUUUUAUGCUUAAUAAAGAUUUGAUGUCUAAC